AUGGAUAUCUUUUCAGUUUUUCUCUUCUACAGUCUGGCAUCUGCUGUCUCUGGAAACGUCAUCACACCAGACGAAACAGAGCUUUUUGCUGAGGAGGGUUCAAAUGUUACAUUAUCCUGUAGUUAUUCCUCUGCGGAUUAUCUAUACUGGUAUCGUCAGUAUCCCGGUUCAGCUCCUGAAUUUCUUGAGCUCAUCCUCGAUGGUACAACAAACACCAAAAAGUCUGAUGUAGAUCCAAGACUGUCUGUUAAACUCAUUAAACGGGAACAAAAGCAUGUGGAUCUGAAGAUCUCCUCUGCUGCCGUAUCAGACUCUGCUCUGUACUACUGUGCUCUGAGGCCCACAGUCACAGGAAACAUUUGGGUUCCCUACAAAAACCCUUUACCCAGUUUGGUGUCUGGGGACAGUAUUGAGCCAGAUAAAGAGAAAAAUGUUAUCACACAAGAAAGAGAAACUGUCAAGCUGAGCUGCUCAUUUAGUGCAACCAGCAAUAACAUUCGGCUUUACUGGUACAGACAGAAUCUACAUGGAGAACCUUUGUUUUUAGCGUAUAAAGGUGCUCGAUCAUGGAGUGCUGCACACACCUCUGAUAAUCGGUUUCAGUCGACUACAUCAGAUACAUCCACUGAACUCACUAUUACUGAUGUACGUCUGUCAGAUUCAGCUCUCUAUUACUGUGCUCUGUUAGUAGGAGCCCAGUGA